GCUUAAGUCAGUGUUAAUUCGGAUCGCGACUUUUCAACAUCUAAGUAUCUUCGAAGUCGAUGUUUUAAAUGUUUAGUGCGGUGAAUAACAGAAUUGUGUUCCUAAACUGGUCAAGCCGACUUGACAUCGCGGCAUAUGAUAUAAUUUAAACCAAAAUUGAUCGGUGACGCGUAUUUUCACUUCGGUUUAGUGUCUAUGCUAACUUUAUCAGAACAAAACUGCAGUAUUUCAACUAUUCAACAAGUUAAAGCUAACUAAAAGUUAUUUAUGUUUCAAUGAGAGUGGUAAUGAUAUCUCAAUAAUAGUGUUUGAAUCUGCUGGUUAAACCGGUAACUGCUCCCGUAAUUACUCUGAUUAAACCAGGUCAGAGUAACGCGGAUGUCAAAGAGAUAGCGUGAAAGUGAAAACCCAAUCAAAGCAACCACUUUAUCCCCAAAGUCCUAGGAUCCAGCACAAAGACUUGGCCUGGCCAAAAACCACAGGCACCAAAGAGACAGAAGGCCACGGGGCGGGGACGGUGGCAGAAUAGACAAAGUGUAUCAAUUAUAAUACGGGCACAAGACGAGGGAUCCCCAGCCAGGGGCAAAAAGAAGGGGAGGCACAGAAGCCAGGACCCAGGACCCAGGAACCAGAACACAGGACCCAGAAGCAGGAGCUAACACUCAGAGAAAGAGUUCGAAUAAAGGCAACCACACUCACACACGGGCCAUGUUGGCUACGACAAGUGCAACCACAAUUACCUCGGAUCCGGGCAUCCUCUGUUUUCAUCAUUGCAACGUGAAAGUUUUCUGCUUCACUUUGCCGCACACUUGUCCCCAUUGCAAUGCCCCACUGGACGCGGAUGCGGAUGGGGAUGCGGAUACGAGUGCGAAUGCGGAUCCAAAUGCGGAACUAGACAGGGGCGGGCCACGCCUCCUGCUCCUGCCCUUCCGCCUGCCAUAUCCCUUUGUGCGGGCCACACAGUAUCCAUGCGCCAUUGUCCUGCGCCCCUCCACCGGCGACUUCCUCAACGAUUACAGCAACGCCACCGAUUUGCAUAUCGCAGUGACCACAUCCGGCGGCGACAUCGUGGAGUUCGAUCGCUUUGGCCUGCGCCGCCAUCGGCGGGACGAUAAUCCGCCGGAGUGGCGGCAGUCGCUGAUGGUGGGCGAUGUGCCGGAGCCGUGGCACGACUUUUGGGACGAAGUCCUGGAGCAGAUCUGCGCCCAGUCGGUGCGGUGGUCCAUUGCCAGUUAUGCGGAGGAGACCCACAACUGCUACGCCUUUGUCCUGGCCUUCCUGCAGGCCCUGGGCCACACCCACCUCAGCGAGGCCGCCCGCAGUAAGACCGCCUUCUGUGAGCAGUGUAUUGUGCCCAGGACGACGACGGCGGGCAAGUACAUAUCGCUGUAUCGCAAAAUCCGGCGGAGUGGCAUCUACGUCCAUCGACAGCAGCCCAAAAAUCGCAGUAAGCCAGCAGCAUCCUCAACUCCUGCAAGUUCCUAUUCCUCGGAUGGAUGCGACGGUGUUGGCAGCAGCAGCAAACAGGUCUCAAAGAAAGGAUACUCAAGCAGCAGUAUUGCCGGAAUCGCCAACCGCCCAAGGCCCACUCUGUGCACCAUUGAAGAGUAACUAAAUUGUACAUCCUAAUUAUCAUUACGUACAAUUAAACGUUUUUAGUACAAUUUUAAAGAAUUGAUCUUAAAUAAAACUUAUUUUAUUUAUGUAUUUAGUUA